AGCUGUCGCACAUACACUCGCUCUCUUCUCAGGUCUAUCGAUCCAUCGACAACGAGAUGCCGGCGUAUCACUCCACUCUCAACGAGUUGCAGACGCAGGAGGCGUGCGGCUGCGCCAUCCUUCCUAUUAAGACGCGAGCACGAGGGCCAGCUCCCCCUGCUCCCGAGGGACAAGACGACAUUGUGGACGAGAUCCUCACGCUCUUCCGUGCCAACGUGUUAUUCACCAACUUUGAGAUCAAGGGCAAUGCCGACCGCGUGCUCAUCUACGGCACACUCUUCGUGCACCUUUGCCUUAAGAAGCUGGACCGAUGCACCAACAAGUCGGACGCCACGCGCAUUCUGCAGCAAACGGCAGUGGAUACAUUCGCCAUCCCCGGUGACUCGAGCUUUCCGCUAGGAGGACUGGUGCGCGCGCCGUCGAGCGCAAAUGAAGCAGGUAAGUGUAUGUGCAUGUUAUUACACAGUUCGUUUGAAGUUGACGGGUCUGCUCUUGCUCUUGUCUUUGCAGAAACUAUUCGCGGAUUUUUCAAACAGCUACGCGAAGCAAUCGCUUUCCGCCUGGUGGACGAGGUGUUCCCGAAUGGAGAGAAGAGCAAGUGGUGGAUGCUCUUCGCCAAGCGAAAGUUCAUGAACAAGGAGUUGUCGCGUUAGAACGUUGUCGGCGAAGACGCUACUGCCGAACUGCUAUCCCCAAACUAAUACAGAAAACAAUAAUGCGCUGGGGAAGUUGUAGGUUCAACGGUCAGAGCAGCCAACGGUGAGCAAGGAACCAUGUCUUGCCAUUCUGAAGUGGAAAAUUUGCUGACCAAAUUAAGACAAUACAGACUUCCUUGCUUGCUCCUUCUCUCUCAUGUUGAUUUUAUCACGUAUAUGUAUGCAUCUCUCCGGUUUUGUC